AGUCAAGGUGCUCGUAGUCGAUGUCCUUGUUGUAGUCUUCAUGACCGUCCUUGCUGGCGGCAGGUAGUGCAGAAGCAAGCGUGAGCAGGGCCGAGAUGGCAAUUGCUGAGGUGCGCAUCUUGAAGAUGAAAGGGAAGUUUGGUAGUCCAAGAGGAAGAGGCUCGAGGAGCUGGAGAACUGGAGAACAAGAGACGGACAGGACGGCCUACUUUAUACUUUUCGAGCAGCGAAGUGUUGAACUCGGGUUGAGCAGCGAAAGGGCCACAGAUCUGUUGGGGAUACCAUCUAAUCUUGGCAAGUAUGACGCGACUCCAUGCCCUACGCAUAGAAACGCAGCUUCUGGAAGAAUCAACCUGGCGAAGGGGCCUUCAUGGUCGUAUGCAGGACCUCGAAGCGCGCUUCUUUGCUGCGCUGGGACGGGUUUGCGUUGCUUCAUGUCGAUGAUUGUCGAUUCAUGCCACCUCACUUGGCUUCUGUGCAGCUUGCCGAGAUUCGAGCACAGCAACUGCACAAAUUGUAGCACUGUGUAUUGUUCCUGCGGGGUUGAUCUGCCCUCUCAGGCCUUUGAAGGGAAGGCGGCAGCUUGGGUCGCCACCCAAACAAGCGCAAUAGAAGAGUAUCGAGGCUUGGAGAUGGGAACAUACUUGGAGAUGGGAACAUACUGUUCGAACGCGUCAUGGCCGGGCCUUUUACGGGAAGGUGGCAGCUUGGGAAGCGACCCAAACAAGCGCAAUGGAAGAGCAUCGAGGCUUAGAGAUGGCAGCAUACUAUUUGAUAGCGUCAUGGAAAGAUCAGAUAUCCUCAGUGAUCAGCAGCGCUCGCAGUCUUCAGUUGUGUCGUUGACGUUGAGAAUUCAAACAGCGCGCAACGUAACUGCCCCUGAAUGACCGCGGACGCGCACAUGGCAGCUGUAGGCUCAAAGCGACUGACGUC